AUGUGUGUGGGCACGAUUGAAGAAACCUCGUUGUUUGACGACACGUGUGAGUGGUGUCUCACAAUUGAUUUGGAAGAGUUGUUAUUUCUAGGAGCAGCGACGAUUCUGCUUUUUGAAACUGUGAAAGCUGAGCAGACUGGUGCGGCAUGCUCCACCGAGCCAAGUGAGAAAACCCAGGCGCUGGUGCCGUAUGCUGAGGAGUCUCAGCUGGCGAUAAAUCACGCCGUGGAUGCGGGGGCGGUCCAGGAUGCUACGCAGGGCAACCUCUCUGCGGAGUGCUGCUCAUUUGAGCAGCUGGCAGCGGUCCUGAUGCGUUUGGUGUUGUGCGAAGGCAUCUCUAAGAUCUUCGAGAUCGCAAAGAUGGCGGGAGCGCUGAUUCGAAAUGCCAUCGAGACCGGAGCUCCACUGUAUAAUGCCAGCCACUUAGCCUUCAAGCUGCCUUCGUUUCAAGCAGUGUGUUCCGGCGCACUUUCAGUCUACGAAGAGGCCGGUCAGGUGGCAAUGUGCGCUCGUAUCUACGAGGAUACAGCAAGAAAACUCUUGCUGGACCAGCGGGCCGAGCUGCGGGAGCCUGUGGCGAAAUCCCUCACAGAUGCGCUGACAGUUGCUGGUGCGCUGGGCUCUUUGCCAGGGCCUUCUGAGGCCGACCAGCUUGCGUGGGCCUUCCGCCGCGCCUUUGAUGAGCAACUUGCGGCCGGGGCGAUUCCCAAAGCCGGAUCACCUCCGCAAGGCGCCACUGACGCUAAAAGUGUCAUUGCUGCGGCUAUCCAGAAGGGUGUGCCGCUGUACAACGGUGGAAAUCCCGACGGCUGUGCACAGGUCUACGCGGAAGCGGCGAAAAGGCUCCUCGACGGAGGAUCACUGGGGUCGGGCGCCCGCGCCACCCUCCAGCGGUCACUCGACUCGCUGCAGCAGCUACCCAACGCCGACUCGAGAGCUUGGGAGCUCCGUCGAGCACUGGACGCCGUGGCAAAGGCCGCCUCCCAGCCCUCACCGUCGGAAAGUGUCCCGGCACCGGCGAUGAUCCGAGACUUCUCCGCAAAACGCGGCCUGGAGGUUGCCGGUUUCAUCGUGAACGACACCGUCAUGGGCGGCCGCUCUGACAGCGAGCUGGUGAUGUCCGACCAGGGAGCUGUCUUUCGCGGCACGGUCACCAAGCGUGGCGGUGGUGGCUUUGCCUCGGUUCGAUUUCAGCCGCGGGACCGCGGGGCCUUCCUGGCCAUGUUGCGCUCGGCCACGGGUGUAGCGCUGAAGAUCCGGAGGAUACAGGGCUGUGCGAGCUGGAAACUGCAGCUGAACAGCCAGCAAGAGAAACAGUGGCAGCAGGAC